CUUAAUUUUAAAACCAGUUGUAUACGGAUUACAAGUAUAGAUGAGAACAGAAGAUUAGUGGCUUUCAAAAGCUUGCUACUGUUAUGGAGAAACCCAUAGUUAUUGAUCGAUAUCAAGAACAACAGCAGCAGCAGCAGCAGCGGCAACACCAAAAACAGCAGGCUUUGAAAUGCCCACGUUGCGAUUCGUCCAACACUAAGUUUUGCUACUACAAUAACUACAGUUUGUCACAGCCAAGGCAUUUUUGCAAAGCCUGUAAGAGGUAUUGGACCAGGGGUGGCACCUUGAGAAAUGUUCCUGUAGGUGGUGGUUGUAGGAAGAACAAGAGAGUCAAAGUACCACCAACCACUGCUGCUACAACUCAUGUUGCUUCCACUUCACAACCAGUUGAUCAUAACCCUAACCUUGAUCACCUUUCUUUGGUUUAUGGUUUAGCACCUCAAAACCCUAAUUACCAAAGGUGCAAUACCCUUGUUUCUGGCUAUGACUUUUCUCAACCUCAAAUGAGUGAUCUUGGAUUAAGGUUCUCGCCUUCGGAUCCCGGGGCUGGAGUCGUGAUAAAUCAUGCUCACAAUUCAUCUUCGUUUUUUUCAAGCUACCCAUCCUCAAUGUUUUCCGGUUCAACUUCAAGCUCCACUACUAGUGCACCUAUCAUGGCUUCUAUAUUAGCUUCAGGCUUUCAGCAGCAACAAAGAUUUAUGGAUUGGAGUAAUCAUUUUCAGGGACAGACGAACAACAAUGAUCAACUCGAAGCUAUGGCAUCAUCCAAUCAAAAUCCCCUUUUAUGGAACACCCAAACCAGUGGUGGUGGAGGUUGGUUCGAUCCUACAAGCAAUAUUGAUUCUUCUGUUCCUUCUUUGAUCUAAGCUCAAUAAACUAAAACCCACCAACCCUUUUACUUGUAAUUCUUUUUCUUCUUAAUCUCUUUUUCGUUUUCUUGGUUCGACUUUUGUUUAUUUAGUUAGUUAGUACCGGCAAUUCCUUCUUCAAACAUCAAUAGAAUGAGGUCGGAUCCAAUGAUCAUGUCCGCUAGCAGAAAAUGAAUUGAAACUUCAAUCUUUAGAGAUCAAGAUAAUAAAAUGAAGUUAGUUCAUCCUGUGCCGAAACGAACCCUCAGAUCCUCUUUGUGUUAUAUCAGCCCAAAGUUCAGUACUCAUCAAGUACAAACGUUGACGAAUCAAUCAACAUCGAAGAAGUUGGGUUCAAUAUCUAGUGAGUUUGUUCUUCCCAUCAUAUCCUCUUGUGUACAUAAGUAUUUACAUAUGUUCUAUAUUUUUCAUGUAUCCUUCAUAAUCAUGUCCGGGGGUGGUGGAAGAGAUGGUUGUUUA